CCUACGUGUUUUGAGUGGUUGCAGCUCCGAUUUUCUACCGAAGACCUUGGAUUUAGCGCAGAAUCCCGAGUUAAAAGCGUGAACCGGAUCACUUUCCGUUCCAGAAACCGAGAUUAGGCAGAGCGUCAUAUAAUAUUCAUAGCCACAAUAGCUCGGAACCAGAGCUCUGGGCAGCGGUUUAGCUGAAUGAAACUAGGAUUUAAAGCCGGUGCUGCGAUUGUGUCAGCACAGUUCGGCGGUUUGAUUCCCCCUUUCUUAAAGAGAUGGACGACAUAGAGGCGGAAAUUCUCCGGUUAGACCUUCUGUUAUUUCUUGGCCAUUAUCUUUGUGAACGGUCGCGUUUCUAAAAAGUUAAAUACGUUUUAAAAAUAUUUACCGUUUCUCAUCCCAGUCCAUGACUUAAUUAUUCAGUAGUCUGAUGUUCCCCUGGGGUCAGUAACAUUUAACUUAAUUUAAUUUGAUUUGUUUAAAGUUUCUUAUUUAUCUGGAUGCUCGUUUUCAGGCUCUUAUUUUGAAACAUCACACACCGUAGAUGUGCACUUACAUCUAAACACGCUUUAUGUUACCCACCGUUUUUUCCCUACAGGAAGCCUGUAUGGAGACCCCGAACACAUUGCAUGGCAAAGCAACAGCAUGUCGGGCUAUCCACAGUAUAUGCGUUGCACUCAAAAGGCUACUACAUAUUUUUCUCGUUUUCCCGAACAUACACCUCGCAGAAUAAUUAAAGGAUAGUUCCACCAAAUUGCAGGUUUGUCAUCUAAUACAGAAAUAUUUAUUACUGACAUCACUGAGCGAUUUAUCUCAAUGAAUAAAUAUAAUUAUCUAAAUAUUGCAGGAUUCACUAAUACCUUGAAUGCCUAGAUGGAAGUAACGAUCCCAUCACUGUAAUAAAGUAGCAAAUGAAGGAGAUUACAUUAACACGCAGUCUUUACACAACAUUAAUGUGCAGGUAGUGUCAGUACACUUUAUUUCCAAUUCAAAGAUUUAUUUCCCAGUCUUAUUAGGGCCUAUAUGUGUUCACUGACAAGAUGACACAGAUGAUAUUUAAUGCUCCAGAAAAAUGACCUGACUCUGUCCAUGACUCGUGGAUUUAUAUGACAAAUUGGAUUGUAUGACAAAUUUGCGCAGGGCACAUAAUUAAUCUGUACGUGACUUAAAUUGAGAGUCCAUCCUGCUGAACCACACGUUUAGCCAGAGGAAGAACAAACAUUCCAUCUCCCAGACCUCAGAGAUGGCAGAGUUCUCAGGGAUAUCAGUGCAAUUAACCGUUUUUCUUGGCAAUCACUCACAACCACCACAAUAAAUGAAAUAAAAACAAAUCCACUACAGUUUCAUUCAUGUGGCAUAUUACUGUGUGCACAUUAAGAUGAUACAAUUUUCUUGGUCAUUUUACAGCAAUUAAGAAUCAUCCAAUUAUUGACGACCACAAAAUUCACUUUUAACUGGUGUUACAGAAUUUCUAAACUUUUUUUCUUUUUAAAAGAUUAAUAUGCUUCAUCUGGAGAUACCACUUUUUUGCUUGUCCAGAUGGACCAUAUGUUGUUCCUCAAAAGACAACUAGGAAGUAAACAUUUAAGUUCUGAGUGUCAUACUUUUAAGUUAAACUUAAACAUGUCAUACUUUCACUUAUACACAGGACAUUAGGAAUAAGUUUAUACUGUGGUGAGUCGUGUCGUUGAAGUGAAUGGACCCUCAACAUCUUCGGAUGUGUCAGCCAAACUGUGCAAAUGCAAAUUGGCUCCGCUAUUCGGAUCCAUCUCGUUGGAACUGUUUUGUUACCAAUAUAUGCGCAUUUAUUGGCUUAAGUCAUGAAUAGUUUGCCAUCAGCCCCCCACCCCCCCUAAUAAAGGUUCAGACCCUCUAUCCAUUCAUCUCUAACUACUACAGUUAGAGUUAACUAUUCAUGUUAAAUAUUCCAUCCGUUAUAUUAGAUAAUUUUUUUGACCACACCGGUCUGAUGAAUUUUAAAUAAAAUUCGAGUGAUCCACUUACGCUUCGGCUAGUUGUGCAUUUACUUCAGCUAGUCGAUUUUUAGUUUUGCACCGUCUCUCUCUACAUUGCUACAGUGUUACUUUUUCCUUACAAUAAAUGUAUACUCUAUACGCAGAAGUUAGUACUUUUAACAUAAUCAGCACUGACAUAUACAUGUAAUCACUGGUCUAUACCUAGUGAGCAAUUGCAUUAUUGGUAUAGUAUAGAUCCUACUACCACUACAGAGCCUCGUACUAUCUGCUUUCCAAGUAUUAACUGUCACUUGAGAAAUGUGCCGAAGCAAUCGAGAAAAAUGUAACAUGGCUUAUAACUAAAUUAUUACAGGGUCAAAAAGAAAAUUUGACCCCUCAAGGUACAUCCGGUGAUGCGUCAUGUUCAGUUCAGAAGUAAAGAACCGAUUACUAAGAAAGAGAUAAAAAAUAACCGCCCAAUUCAGUGUAACGUAGAUAAGCGCUGGUCGGUGCCCCAUUAUCUACACGUGUACGGCACACAGCAAGACCUUCACAUGAACCUCCGUUUGAAUGAAGACAGAGAAGAAGGAACUUAAACUAACGGGACAUCUUAAAGGACUGUAGGUUAAGAGGAUCACCGUUGGAAUCAGUCAUGUCUGCCACAACAAAGCGGGAAAAGCUAGCAGAAUCGUACUUUAUUGGGAAGAAGGAAGAAAUAAUUAAGACUAAACGGAUAACAAAAUUUGUUCAUGGGAGGGAUAUUCUUGUUAUCCACCACAAAGGAACAUUCUACGCCAUGGACUUGCAUUGUUAUCAUGCAGGAGGUUCACUGGAAAAUGGAGACAUUGAGGAAUUUGACAACAAACUAUGCAUUGUUUGUCCAUCACACAAGUAUAAAAUCACUCUGGGAGAAGGGGAGGGCAUUUACAAAGCCACGAAUCCGAGAGACGAUGUGCCAACACCCAGGUGGUAUUCCAAGGGAAUCAAGCAAAGGAUGCAUGCUGUCAAGGAGGUGGAUGGAGACAUUUUUGUCAUAUUGUCCUCAAUGCCCGGAUGGAUCGAGUCUGACUACUACCAGACGGAGAAGUACAGAAAAGAGAGAUCUUCUUGUAGUUCUCAUGGGCCAAGCUGCUGAAAAACCAGGAUCCUACAGGAGACCUGCCCAGUGUGGACUAUUUCAAAUUGAUUUGCGAAAUCAUUGCUUAUCUCAUAAGUCUUUUGGCUGCCUGUAGUUGUAUGGAAAGAAAAAUUGAUGGAGGCACUGUGAUGCCUGAUCUCUUAAGUACCAAAUGCUCAGGGUUCAGGGUGAUGGAAUUUCGAUUGAAUCUAAAUCCCUGUAUUUAAAGAAAUGAAAUCUGUACAUGAAAAAAUAUUUUAGAAGAAAUUGAUGUCAGAAAAUUGGUCUUCUUUUGUUCCUACUCUGACUUGGUGAUUAUGAGUUUUUGUUUAAAAAUAAAGCAUUUUUUUAUUUAAAACAAA